AUGCUAUUACGAACAAUGAAAAAAGUAUCGAAGUGGGACGUGGCUAAUGCCAAAGCCAAUAAAGAGGGACUUCGGCAUACGGUGUAUCAAGUGAAUGGGGAUUGCUAUACAGGAGAAUGGAAGAACAACAAACGCCAUGGUCGGGGAACAUACAAGUGGAAAAAAAUGGGAGUGUUGUAUGAAGGAGACUGGGAAAAUGAUAUGAGAAAUGGAUCUGGUGUAUUGAGCGUGUUGAGUAGCACCGGACGCCAAGUUAAAGUGUACUCUGGCGAAUGGAAAAACGACAAACGUCAUGGAUAUGGUCAGAAUUGGUACUCGGAAAAUGAAAUUUACGAAGGUGAGUGGGCUGCAGACAAACGGUGCGGAUGGGGCAGAAUGUACUACGCGGACGGAAGCAUCUAUGAAGGUCAAUGGGCAAAUGAUAAACGCAACGGAGACGGAAUGCUACGACUACCUAAUGAGAAUAGAUUCGAAGGGAAAUGGGUGAACGAUGCGAAGAACGGUAGAGGCAAGUAUUUCUUCCUCAACAGCGGGCAACUGAUGGAAGGUGUGUGGAUUAACGAUGUGCCAGCAAGCUGCCAAAUGGUCGAUUUGGGUAGGCAAAUGGCGCGUCAGCCAACUCAGUUUGAAAUUCCUGAGAUCAAACUGGAAGAUCCGAACGGUGUAUUACGUGAAACACAAGAAGAGCUAUUGGAUCAAAUUCCCAGAUUAUAAAGCGCAUACGCAAACAAGAAUUAUUUAAGUAAACGUAUUGUCUGACUGUAAGAGUGUGACCCCCCCCCGGCAAAUGUGAGUGAAACGGGCAGAAAUCGGUUGAUACAAACAGCAAAUGUGUAUUAUUGUAUAUAUGGAUAGA